AUGACGACGUCUUCCGAUGCAUGUUCUUCAAUUGUCCGUCUGAAUAUAGGUGGAAAGGAAUUUUGCACAACUGUUGAUACGCUAACUCACAGGGAGCCUCAUUCGAUGCUUGCUGCCAUGUUUAGUGGUCGCCACACUGUUUGCAAGGAGUCUGAGAAGGGAUAUGUGUUUAUUGACAGGGAUGGGAAGCACUUUCGGCAUAUUUUAAACUGGUUGAGAGACGGUGUAGCUCCUAUUUUCAACCUGUCUGAUUUAGAGCGUGUAGAGCUUUUGCGGGAAGCAGAAUACUAUCAGCUUCUUGGAUUGGUGGAUAGGAUAAAUGAGGUCUUGAAUAAAAAGGAAGAUGAACAAAUGGAUCCUGACUUUACGCGCGGUGAUAUUAUCAAAUGUGUACAACAUGCCUAUGCAGUUGGCGGACGUGUCAGAUUAAUAGGAGUAAAUCUCUCUGGGCUUGAUCUUUCAAAAUUGCACUUGUCGCUGCCGCAUAUGGGUGUGGACUUCAGCUUAGCAUGCCUGAAAAAUGUUAACUUUUCAUGUGCUAAUCUUCAUCUUGCUAGAUUUCAGAGGGCAGAUGCUGAAAAUACUAAUUUUCACAAUGCAAAUUUGACCAAUUGUGUGUUCUUAGGGGCUAAUCUUUGUGGAGCUUUGCUGACGGGUGCUGAUCUUCAGGAGGCAAACUUAUCUUGUUGCCGUUUGGAGGGAGCCAAUUUAGAAGGAGCCAAUUUAAUGGGUGCUGUUUUGUAUAAUGCCAAAUUGAAGGGUGCUAAUCUUCGACGUGCUUGUCUUGAUAGUGUUAAUCUUCAGGAUGCAUGUUUGGAAGGCGCGAAGCUGGACAGGGCGAAUUUACACCAGGCAAAUAGAUAA